AUGGCGGCGGCGGCGGCGGCGGCGCGGGGCAGGCCGGGACGGCACCGGACCACAGCUCCCGACGCACCCCGCGCGCCACCCGGCGGAGGAAAAGCACGCUGCGCCGCAUGGCCUUAUGGGAAUUGUAGUCCCCGCCGCCCGCCGAGUGCCGUGGUGCUGGGCGGGGGGGCCCGCUCCGCCCCCGCACCGAAGGGCAGCCGCACCCCCGGCCCGUGCCCACCCCUGCCCGCUCCGGGGGUCCCCGACACAGCAUCGCCCACCCAGCCCCAGCUCAGCCCCUUCGGCAGCCUGGGGACACACGGAGGGGACACACGGAGGGGACACACGGCCUCGCAGCGGGAGCUGGAGCUCGGAAGCCCCCGGGAAGGGCCAGACACGCGGGAGGGUGAUGAGGUCCCACCGGGUCCCCAAAGGCCGCAGGGCCGAUGCCGCAGAGGAGGGGAGCGGGACCCCUGUCCCGGCGGCUCUCGCUCCUCAGGAGCUCGGCGCGGCCCCCCCGGCCCCUCGGUGUCCCCCCCCCCGCCCCCCCCGUGCGGACAGCCCGGUGACGGAGCCGCUCUCGGGAUGACUCACGAGCGUCACCCGUCGCGCUCCGGCGACACCCACGCCACGAGCGGUGGGGCGGCCACCUGCCCCCCGUCCCUGCCGGGAGCCCCCAACGCGGCUCCCCCCGAGCUGCCGCGGCCAGGGGGUCUCCCCCGGCGGCGGGGCUGGGGCUGCCUUUGGCCCCCGGCGACGGCAGCGCGGUGUCACCCCGGAUCUGGGGCAGGGAUUUCACCCCCCCGGCCAGCUCUGGCCACCGGCACUCGCCACCGUUUGGGAGGGUUCCGGUCCUAG